CGCUCAGUUACGUCGAGCUGGCUCACGGCUGCUGGGAGCGGAGCGCAACAACAGGAGGAUAAACCUUUUUCUCUCCGCAGCGGUCUGCCUCUUUCAUACCGCCACUGCUCGCUGCUCCGUAUCAGAAUGAAUGUGGGUGUGGCACACAGUGAGGUGAACCCCAACACUCGGGUGAUGAACAGUCGGGGGAUCUGGCUGACCUACGCUCUCGGUGUUGGGAUCCUUCACAUCGUGCUCCUGAGUAUUCCCUUCUUCAGCGUGCCAGUGGUGUGGACCUUAACAAAUGUCAUUCACAACUUUGGAAUGUACGUCUUCAUGCACGCCGUCAAAGGAACCCCGUUUGAGACCCCGGACCAGGGAAAGGCCCGCCUCCUCACCCACUGGGAGCAGCUGGACUACGGCGUACAGUUCACCUCGUCCAGAAAGUUCUUCACCAUCUCUCCCAUCAUCCUAUACUUCCUGGCGAGUUUCUACACAAAGUACGACACGACGCACUUCGUCAUCAACACGGCGUCCCUGCUGAGCGUGCUGAUCCCCAAGCUGCCGCAGCUACACGGAGUUCGGAUCUUCGGCAUCAACAAGUAUUAAAGGCGCUGCGCCUCCGAGAGACGGAGGCCAGCUCCCGUGUCGUGUUUCCCACGGGACUCACCGAGACUUUGGUGGGUGGGCUCAUGAACUCGGUCCAGCUGAGGAACGCUUCGAAACAAAUUAAGUUUAAUUGGAUCAAAAUGUUAUCGAACGGGCAAUGAAGUUUUAGGUUCCUCGGGAAAGCGUGGUGGAGUGAUCUGGACUGCGACAGGCUGCCACAGUCUCUGUAACCGACGGGAAACACCGAGUCCAUCCCGCUGACGUGUGUACAAGUCAUCCAGUGUGUGUAAAGGCCGCCGUCGCUUCAAUGAAAUGUUUAAAACUAGACAAACGGGAGCUGUGUGUAGAUGACAGGAUGCCAUACGCAUUACUAACUUAUGUGACUAUUUAAUGAUGUAUUAGUGAACCUGCGCAGACCUGGGCUGGCCCGGGGAUCAGCAGCGGGGCUUUUGGUUGGAUUUCUUUCUCUUUAUUUCAGCCUCAAUUCACACAGUGACACAAAUUGGGAGUGUUUCUAGCCACACAGAUGUAUUUUUCCAAGAUGUUUACUUUGUGAGGGUUGGAGCCCGGGACUGGCUCCACGUUUCUCGGUACAGUCUCAUUUUGUAACGGGGGUCAAAACAAGAGUCAUGCUGAGUGGGAAAAGCAGAAUUCUUUGAUUUGCAUGAUUUCCUGUGUGUGUGUGUGCGCGUGUGUGUGUGCGUGUGUGAAUCAUGGCUCAUUCGUAACUCAAUCAGAGCCGAGCAGGCCUUUUUCAGUGUACAGUUUUCGUUGUGAGCAUCACGUCCUGCCUGUUGAAGACUAAUAGUCCUUUAUGUAGGAAAGAGGAGCGUUGUCGUCAGGUUCAGUGUUUACCGAGGGACGCUUACACUCGUGUAGCUGCUCUUUAGAUCACGACUUUUUGCUAUAAUCAAGGCAGCUAGUCCUGCUUUGUUUGGCCAUAGCUCAUUGUACUUGAUAUUUCUUGUUCUUAAUCUUAUUAAAAUGUUUGUGCUCUCCA